UUUGUCUUUCUUUAUAUACGUGAUUGAAUUUGUUUGUUCAUAUUGGCAAAAGAUGGGUCUGAUCGUGAGCUUAGCCGGAAAAGGAUUGUCAACAACACAGGUUAUUAAUAAGGCCACAGAAAAAUUCAACGAGUAUUUCGUGGAUAAUACUAAUAGAGAUAUCAAUAAUUUAGAAGGGUUCCAUCUGGCAAUUCUCGACAUGUUUGUCACUGUGAAUAAAGCAUUGCCUGGCAAGCACUGGGUUGUGCCUCAGUUUGACGAAAUUAAGAAAUGCUUUGAGGAAAGAAACAAAGAAACAGAGGAAGAAAGAAAGAGGAAGGUGGUGAUAGAUUUCAUGAAGGAGAAAAUACAACUAAACAAGGCAGAUAAUACAUUGCUCUUCAUUGGGCUGGCAACACCCCCUGCAGCAAUGGCAGCCAAGAAAGCUGGUGAAGCUGUGCCUCAGCUCCAAUUAAUGAAACGUGUUCCAGACGUUGUGUUUGUUCCUGCUGCUACAUUGCUGGCUCUUGUUUCAGUUAAGAUUACCAGAGGUUUAUUGUUCCAACGUGCAGCAUCUGAAGACCUUCUAUUUGCAGAAACCAAUCAAGAAGCAUCGGAUUCGGGAUGAAAAUUUUCAAUUUGUACAUAAGAUUGUAUGUUUAUGGUAUUCACCUUCCAUGUAUACUCACUCACUAGCAAUAAGGAACUACUGGCAUUCUUGCAAGUAAAAUAUACUCAUUAUGCAAAGGAGCUGUAAAAUUUAUGAAAGAAAAAGAAUCUCCCAUAUGCCACAUGAAACCCAUUCAUAUAUCCAAUAUAACAUGUUGAAGACAAGCAAUUAAUGGAACUACAGAAUAGUUGAAGCGUUACUUGUGAGGUUAAUUGGAAAAGAUAACUAAUGAGUGUGAGGGAUA